CCUCCUCCCACAAUGAAGACAAUCCCCUUAUAACUGAACUUGCAAAACAAAAGUGGAAUGAAUUUAGAUUUCAUUUCCUCUCUGCUCUUUAGGAGGCAACCAGAAAACAGAAGCUGCUGCUGCUCCACCCAGACUCAUCAGGCAAGUUGAUCUGCAUUUGUGCCUGGCUGAUUCAGGGGCCCAAGGCUCUACCACCUCCUUUCCUCGGAAUCAGAAAACUCCCGGACAUGGUGGAAGUUAAAGUUCCAGCCUCACUGCUCAGUGUUUGUGGUAAAAUGUUAAUGUAAGGAGCUCACAGCCUGGAGGAGGAAAUGAGACCAUUCCUGCUUCUGUGAGUCAGGCAAUCUAAGGGAGCAGCACCACAUGUAAUUGCCAUUGGCACUGUGACUUCACAGCCCCUCCGUGCGCCAACCAAUCCAGAGCACGUGAUUAAUACACACAGACACCUAGUUAUCACUCUGCCAGGCCCAGGCUCCUACCACACACAUCCCUCUCUGCCUUUCAGAAAGGACGAAGCAGCAGUGCCAGCAGCAGAACAGAGCAGAGCUGCAUUUUUCUGAAAUCCCUGUGCUUCUUUGGAAACUCAUAGUAUCGUUAGCUGGAAUAACAACUUGAAAGCACUCCAGAGAUCAUUAACUAAUUAGUUUGCGCAACACACCUGAAAGACACAGCAAUGGACAACUUUAACUUCUCACUUCCAGUUCUCACCAGAAAACAACAAGACAUUUUUCAGAAAGCUUUUGCUGCUGAUGCUGAUUACUUGGAAACAUCUGAGAAAAUGAACCAGUCCUUCUGGGAAUUGUUAAUAAAAUGUUUAGCCACUGUUAACCCAUCCAGCCUGACGUCUGAAGAAACACAGAAUCUCCUUAACAGAGGCAUAAACUCAUCUGAUGAACGUGCAGCCUCCUUGAAGACCAUAGGAAAAAAAGGAGUUAAUGCAAUGGUUGUGCUUUAUCUGCUGCUAAAGGUGAAAGAUCUAUCUGCCUACAGAGAGUUGCCCAGCUCCAAGAAAAAUGAUGAAAAAUUGAAACUACUUCAGGAAUUGGAAAUAAGUUUCACAUUUUCACAAGACAGUGAGGUUGAAAGAUCAUCUCAGGAGCCUGCGGAGACACAACCACGAGCCACCAGUGCUGGCAAGAAAAAAGUCUCUGUGGCAACAGUGAAGCCAAUUUCUCACAACCAAAGUCAGGAAGACCAAGACCAUGAAAAUCAAGAUGGAAGUGGCGCACCGGGAGAGAUUGUCCCCGAUAAUGAAUCAGAGAUUGCAAGACGAGAAAAUGCAACUGCUGCUGCAGGUGAAAAGAUUACUUAUCUUCAGAGAUGUCAAAGACAGUGGAUAAGAAUACGGAAAAAUGAUGUGUUCUUUCAUUUUAUCAUUCUUUGCUUUGGCAUUGGAGCUGCACUAAUUGGCUAUUACCACUACAAAGACUGGACCAUUUCUCUUGGUUUUGGCUUAAUCACCUUUGCUUCGCUAGAAACCACCGGAAUAUAUUUUGGUCUUGUGCAUCAAAUUCACAGUGUCCUUGAGGGUUUCAUUCCUCUGAUUCAGAGAUUCAAAAUACCAGGUAUUAGAAAAGUUGACUGAACAGAAGAUUCUGAGAGUUCAACAAGUCUCUGGUUUCUGGAUUGAUUGCACUAAUGUGAAUAAAUCUGUUUUAUGGUGGCCAUAAAAUCUAAUGGCUAUUAUACAAUAUUGAAGCGUUAACCAUAAAAUGUGUUUUUCUCUCUACUGGGGAAUAAAAACCACGGUACAGUAGGCCUGUCCUCUUCUUUGACAUGUUUUGUGGCUCCGUGCAGCCAGUAAAAUAGGCUGGGUUUAGAUUGAUAAAUUGAUUUUAAGCUAUUCGGGUAAUAGUGUACAUCAUGUUAUUUUCCCCAUCUAUAUAAUCAUGUCGGUUGCACUUGAGAAGUCUGAUCCAAAGCCCGAUCCAAAGACCACUGAUGUCAAGGAAUGACUUGCAUAGACUUCGCUGAGCUCUGGAUCAGGCUUUGGAAACCCUUGUGGGGUUCUUUUCCUCCCCCACAUUCUGGGUCAGGUUUACUUUUCAUGUUGCACCACCUAUAACCUCCCAGCUAGCACCAGUGCUGAUUGGAGCUAUUCCCCUUUGGCUAGAGCCCUGCAUUAUGAGUGUUACCUGAGUAUGUGGACUAGUCAAGGCUGUUUUUAAGCACCGUGUUAGCACCUUUCUUCAAAGAGGCAACCUUGGCGCUCAGAAGCUCUGCUUUCUUCACACCUUGUGAACCCAUGAGCCAGGCAAACCUCACCUACUUGCUUGAACACCAGCAGUACAAUUACUUUGGAUUAGAUUAAUUUAUUGUAGCAGACCUUGAUAAACUGUGCUUAAAAUAUAAUGAUUUGCAAUGAAAGCCAGGUGAGAUGUUACAGUGUAUAGCAAAAUGCAGAAAUGUAUUAUUAGCGACAGCAAAUUUAAUUUCUCUUCCUGUGACAGCAGUUUGAGGAAAAAUAAAUGAGUGGUUCAAAAAAGAAUAAAUAAUGAACUGUAGAUUUAGAACGCCUGUCAUUUUAUAGGGUUUUUUGUUUGUUUGGCAAAUUUGCAGAACUAUAAACAGUAGAAAGUGCUGAAGAGAGACAGCAAAAAAAAGUGGUUAAAAAACUAAAAUGUUAUAUACUAUAGUAUAUGAAGGCAUCAAAAUGCAUGGGGAGGGAUAUGUACAAGAGAAAGAAACUGAAAAAAAGACAGAUCUUAAGUUAUUAACCCAACACUGCCUAUUUUAAGGGCAAAGGAACUAUAUUUUCAGUCUUGCUCAGCAGACUAGAGAAAAUAAAUUGUAAGUAUGUGUUUUUAACCACUCUUACCUUUUUUGCUUCAUUUAGUUCAAUUUGUUUAUUCAGGAAUAACAUUAGUUGUGAGUAUCAGAGGGUCGCUGUGUUAUUUCUGGAUCUGUAAAAGCAGCAGAGUCGUGUGGCACCUUAUAGACUAACAGACGUUUUGGAGCAUGAGUUUUCGUGGGUGAAUACCCACUUCGUCGGAUGCAUGUGAGGUGGUCUGCAUGAACACAGUGGAUCAUUGAAAUAUAGCUUAUGUAAAAUGAGGAAUUAAUGUAUUAAAUUAAGAGUAUAAAUAGAUGUAUAAAGAGUAUUAAUAGUAGCAUUAUUGAAAUGCUCAUGUUCACAGCUGAUUAUGUACAUUGUUUCUAUGCCUUUGUUGAACAAUCCUUUGUCAUACACAAUGUAACUUCACUUUGAAAACAAAAGUCAAGUUCAGACAAAGUUAGAACUGCCCAUGCAGAAUAGCACUGUGUUGCAAUUGUUGUAAUAGAUAUUAAGAACAUUUUCAUCCUGCUUUCAUAACAAAGGCUAAGAAAGAUCUUCCUUUUCUUCUUCUGUAGAAUGUGUCUUGUUCUGGACGGCAGUGACUCAGCUUGGAUAAGCUGUCUUUGGCAAGGUUGGGCAGAAGAAGGGGAAUAGUAUCUCCUCCCUCUUCGUUGAAUAUACUGAAAUUAAUGUUCUGCCAGAGCACUAACCUGUUGUACUGUACUUAAUCAAACUAGAGCAAAAAGGUGGGGUAAAUUGGAAUUCAUAACAGGAGACACUGCACAAGGACAAGUUAUCUCAGCUCCUGUAUGUGGGUCCGUGAAUUCUGCAUAUGGAUAAUCUAGCUCCUCAGUAACAUGUUUUCCAAAGAACUAGGAGAUCCUCACCUCCGCUCUAACCCCUUUAUUCUGGGUAAAAUGGAUGGGGUGAGGAAAAGAAGCCCUAAAAGCUCUAGUUCUGUCUGGGGGAGAAGGCAGACACUAGACACUCAAGAGGACAGGCAGCAGGCUGACUUACAAGGACACCCUUACAAACCUUAUCAUAGGGGACAUGCCAGAGGUAGGAGAGUGUGUUGGGGGCAGGGCCACAGCAUCACUGCAGAGAUUCUGGGAAGUGCUGUGGCCCUUGGUAUAUCCCCAGGAGGUUGCCAUAACUUAGGUGCCCAGGGCUGUCUGAAUUAUGCUGGGGGCCUCUCCUGUUCCUCAAAAAGCUCAGAAUCAGGUCACAAAAGUAACUUAAAGCACCUUAGCCCACUAUCUUGCUGGGCUACAAAAUCUGUGAUGCACAUCUUCAAGGCUGAAGCACAGAAUCUCAUAUCAAAGUUUUUUAAUGGGUGUGACUCAAGGACCUCUUGAUGCCAACUGGCAGAGAGCAAUGGAGUAUAUACAAGGGUUACAGGGAUCCCCAGGGUGUGGUACCUACAUUCUAGCCUAACAAGGUAUGUCAUGUAAGGUCUCUAGUGAAAACCUGUGUCACAUUGCUCAUCACAAUCACUGUAAGAUGAGUGUAUGGAAAAUUUGAGGAGUUAUUGGGGGGAUAUCAGCCAAACUGGUUGCAAAUAUUGAGAAAAGGACUUUGGGAUAGCUAAGUUGUAGCAGCAAGGGGAAUAUCUUGAGAGUUAAGUUUAGACUCUAGAAAGCAUGUUAUGAUUUUGUUUUAAAUGUAACCAUUUGUUUCUAAUACUCGUACUUUCUACCAUUUGAAUCUCUGCUCUUUCAUAAUAAACUUAUUCUUGUUUUCAC